UGCUUGAAAUGUCUUCGAAAUGUCCUUGAUGCAAAGGUUUCUUUCUGAAGUUCGUUGUAUCGUGGGCAGUUUGGAUAAGGGGAAAUAAUCUGCUUCAGCCCUGUACCUGGUACAGACUGCUUCCCACUCUGUGCCCGCCCAGCUGCCUCAAGCCCCCACUCUCCCCUGCCCAGGUGCAUAUUCAAGGACACAACUGUGCCUGGACAAACUAUUGUUGACCCAUUAGAGGAAUUUAUGGAUAACAGAUGAUGUGGGACUCCGUCCAAUAACCAUGUGCAAAUCUUUCAGUGGGAACUGCUGGCUCCAGUGAUUCAUCAAUGAUAAGGAAAAAGAAAGCUGUUGCAUACUAAGGGCUUGCUAAAUAGGUAGAUAGUAUUCAGGCUAGUGCAUAGUGAAUGCGAAUAUUUAGUGAGGACUCUUCCUGGGAACACCUGUCUUCUGGAGUCAAGCCAACUUGCUGUUCUCUCACAAAGAGAGCUUCUCAAGCUACCUAACUGCUCUUCCUAUUCCCAGUCAUCCUCUGGGAAUCAGUCUCCUGUUAUCUGCUCCAAGUCAACCUGCGGUGUCUUUGAAGAGUGAUGGGUAAGAAGCAGCAACAGUAAUAUUCCAGAGACCGUUGUAUAUUGAAGAUAUAUUGAUGCCACCCACAGGAGGAAGCAGGUGUAACUGUACUUAGACCGUGGCGAUUUAGAGGCUGCGCUUGGAAGAGCUUUAACUGAAAGUACGUAUAUUGCCAAAUGCGCCGCUGGGAGCCGUGGGCUUUGUGGACUGAGAAGUUGCUGGAGGGAAAGGGGGAGCUUUAAAUCAUGCGAAGGGAAUUACCUUGCUUGGGGUGAUGCUGUGCUAGCCAGAACCACCAGGGGGCGCUCGAGUAGGGCUCUCAGCCCAGCAUCUGCCUCCAGAGCAAGACGCCCGGGUUGCUCAGAAGGUGGAAAUCUCUCAUUGUGUGAAGCUGCUGUUUCCCAGCGCCACACCUCCCACCUCGCCUCGCCGCGGCCAUCGGUGCUCCAGGCACCAGCUUUCCCGAUGCCCUGAGGAUGGAGCCGGCUUUUCCGGAGGGAUCAAGCGCCUGCCCUCAGAGCAGCACCUCCACAAGCUCCUCUCUCUAAACCAGCCAAGCCCAGGAGCCAGCAUUUAAAGAACAAGCAGGGGACACCCUCACCCCGCUCCACAAGAAUCUGGGACCAGCCCUUUGCUCCCGAUCACUUGCACAGAAAGAAGCUUGCAAAGGCAAUGUAGCAGACUCUCAAGAGAUCUUGAAUCAGUCAAGGAGAACAGAGAAUGCAGAAAAUGAGCAACAUCUAUGAAUCAGCAGCAAAUACCCUGGGAAUCUUUAGCAGCCCAUGCCUGACUAAAGUGGAGCUGCGAGUUGCAUGCAAAGGCAUAUCAGACCGGGAUGCCCUUUCCAAGCCAGAUCCCUGUGUCAUCCUGAAAAUGCAGUCACAUGGGCAGUGGUUUGAGGUUGACAGGACAGAAGUGAUUCGAACCUGUAUAAAUCCAAUCUUCUCCAAGUUAUUCACGGUGGACUUCUACUUUGAAGAGGUUCAGCGGCUACGGUUUGAAGUCCAUGACAUUAGCAGCAACCACAAUGGAUUGAAAGAUGCAGAUUUUCUUGGUGCCAUGGAAUGCACUCUUGGACAAAUUGUUUCACAGAGGAAACUCUCCAAAUCCUUACUGAAACAUGGGAACACAGCAGGGAAAUCAUCCAUAACAGUGAUUGCUGAAGAAUUAUCUGGCAACGAUGACUAUGUUGAACUUUCAUUCAGCGCACGGAAAUUAGAUGACAAGGAUUUUUUCAGCAAAUCUGAUCCAUUUCUGGAGAUUUUCCGGAUGAAUGAUGACGCCACCCAGCAGCUCGUUCACAGGACUGAGGUUGUGAUGAAUAACUUAAAUCCAGCCUGGAAAUCGUUUAAAGUGUCUGUAAAUUCUCUGUGCAGUGGAGAUGAGGAUCGCAGACUAAAGUGCAUAGUUUGGGACUGGGACUCCAAUGGCAAACAUGACUUCAUUGGAGAAUUUAGUUCAACAUUCAAGGAAAUGCGAGGAGCAAUGGAAGGGAGACAGGUACAGUGGGAGUGCAUAAACCCCAAGUACAGAGCAAAGAAGAAGAGUUACAAGAAUUCAGGCAUUGUCAUUCUUAACCAGUGCAAGAUCCACAAGAUGCAUUCUUUCUUAGAUUACAUCAUGGGUGGAUGCCAAAUACAGUUUACAGUAGCUAUAGAUUUCACGGCAUCAAAUGGAGAUCCCAGGAACAGCUGCUCUCUGCACUACAUCCACCCAUAUCAGCCUAAUGAGUACUUGAAGGCAUUGGUUGCUGUUGGGGAGAUUUGCCAAGACUAUGACAGUGAUAAAAUGUUCCCAGCCUUUGGUUUUGGAGCCAGGAUACCACCGGAAUAUAAAGUAGGUGUACAGGUCUCACAUGACUUUGCAAUCAACUUUAAUGAAGACAACCCAGAAUGUGCAGGGAUACAAGGAGUCGUUGAAGCGUAUCAGAGCUGCCUUCCUAAGCUACAGCUUUAUGGGCCGACAAACAUUGCUCCCAUCAUCCAGAAGGUGGCUCAAUCAGCCUCGGAGGAGACUAACACCAAAGAGGCAUCGCAAUAUUUCAUCUUGCUGAUUCUGACAGACGGCGUGAUCACAGACAUGGCUGACACCCGGGAGGCCAUCGUUCAUGCCUCCCACCUGCCUAUGUCAGUCAUCAUAGUUGGGAUUGGAAACGCCGAUUUCAGCGAUAUGCAGAUGCUAGAUGGCGACGAUGGGAUUUUGAGGUCCCCCAAGGGCGAGCCUGUUCUUCGAGACAUCGUCCAAUUUGUGCCAUUUAGGAACUUCAAACAUGCAUCCCCAGCUGCACUAGCAAAAAGCGUUUUGGCUGAAGUUCCAAAUCAAGUGGUGGACUAUUACAAUGGCAAAGGGAUUAAACCAAAAUGUAUGUCAGAGUACGAGUCUUCCAGGACACUAGCGCCAUGAACUUCCCCGCACACUUUUACAGAGCUCAAAACUGCUACUACUACAACUACUGUACUUUAAAACAAACAACAAAAUAGCACGUUUUGGUGAUUUUUAACUAAAAUAAUUUUUUUUGCAUGUGUAGCCUAAAGGCUUGAAUCUGUUAAGCAGUUGUUAUUGUUGAAAACUUUUUAUGAGAAGAAGGAAACUAACUCUUUACAGCAUGUCGCCUUGAAAUAAAAAGUUAUCUGUAUCUGGUUUUUAUACAGGUUUGUUGAAAUUUUGCUAAAUUUCUUAUUAUCUUUCCACUGUAAAGCAUUUUGAAACAUUUGAGAGCGGAUAGCCAAAAUAUCUUUGGUUUUAUCUGCUGCGAAACGAAAGAUUUUUCAAAAUGGCAGAUGCAUGAACUGUAUUUUGCAUGUUUAAAAUAAAAACAACACAGUUUUGCA